AUAGUCAGCACACGAUCACCGAUCAGUCUUGCCGUUGGUACCAUCGUGGAAGGUUCACUGGGAACGGGAGUUUUAGCGAACAACACAAUGGUUGCCCGUUUAUUCGCGAUUGUAGUGAUUGGGUGUGUGGCCUGUGUUACCGGGCUGUUGACGGAUGAGGCCUGUCCGCAAGAUGUGACGGCGAUGAAAGACUUCUCGCUGAAUGAUUUCGUUGGUCGUUGGUUUGAAAUCAAGCGCUACGAACAGUUCUACGAGAAGGAUCUGGAUUGUGUGGUGGCUGAGUAUCAGAAAACGGGUGACACUAGCAUAUCCGUGAAGAAUGGUGCUUUCAGUCUGGCCAACAAUACGCGUGUGGUUGGCGAUGGUACGGGGGUGGUAUCGUUUCCAGAUGAUGCGACACGUCCGGCCAAGCUUAGUGUAGCCUUCUUUGGAGCAAAGCCUGAACGAAGCAACUACUGGGUGCUGGACACUGACUACACCUCCUUCGCCGUCGUUUGGUCUUGUGAACCGUACUUUAGAGAUACUUCCAAAAAUGUUCUGGGAUUCUGGAUCUUCUCUCGCAAUCCAACCUUCCCAACCGAUGAGGCUGUGGUAAACCGUGUCGAUGAGGUAGUCAAGAAGUAUGCCGACGCGUCAAAGUUUGAGAUACCGAACCAGUCCGAUGAAAGAUGCCCACGAUUAAGCGGUUGGUUGAGUUUGUUUGGAAGUUUAAAGGUGAAAAUGUUUAAGCAAUUGGUCUGCUGUGCACUGCUGGCAACGCUCGUCCAGGGUACAAUCUUCGAGCGACCAUGCCGUACGGAUGUUUCGGCCGUGCAGGACUUUCAGGUGGAUAAGUAUCUCGGGCUGUGGUACGAUCUCGAACACUAUGAGGCAAGCUUCGAGCAAAACACGGAUUGCGUAACGGCCGAGUACAGCCGCUACGAAGAUGGUUCCAUCCGCGUGUUCAAUUCUGCCGUCCGGCUAACGGACGGGUUGCUGUACGCGGUGGACGGUUUGGCACUGCUGAGCUAUCCGGAUGCUGAGGUGCUUGAGGCUAAGCUGAACGUAUCAUUCUACGGUGCACCGAAUGAUGAAUCGAACUAUUGGGUGCUGGAUACGGAUUACGACAAUUACUCGAUUGUCUGGAGCUGCGAACCACUCGGCGAGGACCGAUCGCUCGAAUACUAUUGGCUUCUUUCCCGCACCCCAUCUUUGCCGGAAGACGAAGCGCUGAGGGAACGAAUCGAAAUGCUCAAGGAAGUGAAUGGAAUUGUGGAUGAUGAGCUCAUCGUUACGGAACACUUUGCCGAAGGAUGCAACAAUAAACGCCACAGUCUGCUGUAAAUAAGUUUCGUUUCACGUAACAAUCAAACUGUUAUGAAAAGUUAAUAAAAGAUUUUAUUUAUAACAGUU